AUGUCCUUGAGAAUAAUUCCCUCCGAUUCAAGAGAAUCCGAAGUUUCAUCUACCCACUUCAAUGUCCCUUCCACAAAUGCUCCUUCAUUAUCAGAAACAUUACAUACCCAAUCAGGACCAAUAAAUAUAUCAUCCAAAAUCAACAACCUUCAUCCAUUACAAUCUAGAGUAAACAACUGGGAACAAACUCAACAGGAUACUAGAUUCGAAACUUACAGACGUAUAUUUGGUGCAGGUGAACCGAUCAAAAGAACAAUGGAGUUGUCAAUUGUUGAAAAUACUGAUUUCAAACCACAAGUAUUGGGAGGCAGUGAUCCAAUGCAUAAGGAUAUGUUGUUGGGAAAAGAUGCUAGUUUGGAUUGGGAAGAUGUUUAUCCAAAUGGAUUGAAUCAAAACGGAAGCAAUGUAAUGGAUAUGCAUGGCGAGAUGGAAAAGAGAUUAGGUCUUUAA